CGCCGCUUCGAAGGAUCCUCCUCGGGGUCACGUCGCAUCUGUGACCCCAAGCUUCCCCAGGUUGACGGGGCGCUAUAGGGCACGCGGGAAUACGUCCCGCGAAUGGUGUUUAGGGGCAGGCAGAGAUCGGUGUACACCUGGCAGGUGGCUGCUGCCUGCUGCUGCUGGCUGGGAUGUCUCCUCCACCUGUUGAUCAGCGUUGCCACAGGUCUCCUUUCCUCAUCGAUCCGCCAGUGGCCUGCUGGAGCUCUCUUUGGGAACUUACACGUACUACGUCUAUCCCGGUGGUGUGUGUGUGCUUGUCUGUUCGUCCUUUGUGAUCAAAGUCACAAACUACCAGGCAAACAAUCAUGUGACAUAAGGCUAUCCAAGCACUCUGGGCAGCGCGGCGUGCUCAGGGUUCCAACAACUCAAUAUCCAGAGCUUCAGUUAAGUAUUCUGCCACUGAUGCAGACUCUCCCUGCUCAGGGAAUGUUCAAGCUUCUACUACCUCCACCACCACCACUGUUAUUACCACCACUCCAGCCAAUGCUACCUUAGGACACACUGCUGCCUCCCACGGGGGCAGUAGACGCACCAGCAAAGCUGCAUCCAUUACCACAGCCGCCAUCUCCGGGGAAGGAGGAGAAGGGAGCACAAAUGUUUGCAGUACCAGUCCAACAGCCAGUAAUGCUGCUGCCACCAUUACUCACACGGUCAAAAUGCUCAGUCCCAAAAUGCAGCGCACAAUCAGAAUAAACGAGAACCAGGUAUUGAUGCUCGCUGAAAAGGCCAGACACGACCAUAACUAUUCAGGCUAUCUUUACAAGAGGUCCUCUGACACAAACAAAUGGCAGUUGAGAUGGUUCAUACUCUACCAGAACCUGUUGUUCUAUUCCGAAAACGAAUCAAGUGUCAAGCCCUCUGGCGUGAUUAUGCUGGAGGGCUGCUAUGUCGAGAGACUGAUCACCAACACCAAAAACAAAGAUACAGAAAAGCAGUUUUGCUUUGCAAUCACUUAUCGCCGGGAGAACCAGAGGCAGUAUGACCUGCGGGCAGAGACCGAAAGCGAUGGCAAGGCCUGGAUGGAGGUCAUUAGGCAGGCCUCAUUCAACAAACUCCUGCUGCAGAAGGAAGAGCUGGAACAGAAACACCUCCACCUGCUACAGAUCGUCGAGAGCGAGAAGACGGCCAAGUGGCAGUACACCCAGCAGUGCGAAGAACUCACAUCAGAGAUCAAGAAACUCCGGGCAGAACUAUGCUCUUUGAAGAAGGAGUGGCGAGUGGUCCCAUCCAGGAGACUUGAAGACCUUCCAGAAGACUCUGAGGAAAUCAAGAAGAUCAAAAAGGUUCAGAGCUUCUUCAGGGGUUGGCUGUGCCGGAGGCGUUGGAAGCAGAUUGUGGAGGAGUACAUAAGGUCUCCUCAUGCCGAGAGUAUGAGGAAGAGGAACAGCUUGGUUUUCCGAAUGGUCGAGGCAGAGGAGGAGUACGUGGAGCAACUCAAUCUCUUAGUAUCCUGCUUUCUGCGACCCUUCAAGAUGGCUGCUUCCAGCAAGAAGCCUCCGUGCAGUCAUGAGGAUGUUAACAGCAUAUUCCUCAACUCUGAAACGCUGCUCUUCCUCCACCAGAUCUUCUUGAAAGGACUUUCGGCAAGGAUGGAAAGUUGGCCCACUCUAGUUCUCGCCGAAGGAUUGCGGAUCGGUUUUGGUGACCUGUUCGACAUGCUCUUGCCAAUGCUGAGUAUCUACCAAGAGUAUGUCAGGAACCACCACUACAGCCUGCAAGUCUUGGCAGAAUGCAAGCAGAACCAGCACUUUGGGGCUUUCCUGAAUCGACUCGAGAACAAGCCAAGUCUCCAAGGAAGGACGCUGGAGACAUUCCUUACCUACCCCAUGCAUCAGGUCCCACGUUACAUCAUCACUUUGCACGAGCUUCUGGCCCACACUCCCCACAAUCACGUGGAGAGGAAGAGCCUGGAUCAUGCCAGGCUGGAGCUGGAAGAUCUCUCGAGGCAGAUGCACGAUGAGGUGAGCGAGACAGAGAACAUCCGCAAGAACCUGGCCAUUGAGCGCAUGAUCGUUGAGGGCUGCGACAUCCUGCUCGACGUCAACCAGAUGUUCGUGCGUCAGGGUUCCUUAAUCCAAAUCCUGGGAGACCACCCUUCAAUCAACAAGACUCGUCUGGGCCACUUCAAGAGUGAGAAGGAAGCUGUUCGUCAGUGCUUCCUCUUCAGCAACCACUUCAUCAUGGCGACAAGGACAUCUGCUGGCAAGCUGCACUUGGUCUCAGGGGUCGGCAAAAUCGCACUCAACGACGCCACUCUCAUCGAAGACCCCAGCGAGGAAUUCUGCCAUGCUGACGACGCAGACUCGACCGUGAGCUCCUUCUCCUCCCAGAGCAGCAGCGCCAGCGAUAGCUCAGUAGCCAGCAACAGCGACGCGUCGGGUAUGGGACCAAAUUUCGCUGUGGAGCAGACUAACCUCGACUUCAAGAUCGUCGUGGAGCAGAAGAGUGGCCUCCCGAUCGUCAUCCAUCUCGUUGCUCCUACGAUGCAGGAGAAGCAGGCUUGGAUCAGCGACAUCAGCCACUGUCUGGACAACGUUCACUUCAACAACUUCUUCCGCUCGUCUAUGUCUGACACUUCCUCUAUAACGAUGCCCCACUUCAUUAAGAACGACCCCAAACUCUUCAGGGACGACAUUGACAUCAGGUUCUCCCGCACGCUGAACUCUUGCAAGGUACCCCACAUCCGUUACGCUACUCCUGAGAGGCUCCUAGAACGGCUGACGGAUUUGCGUUUCUUAUCUAUCGACUUCCUGAACACCUUCCUCCUGACUUAUCGCGUGUUCACCGACGGCGUUACCGUUUUAGAGGCUCUGAAGAAGGUCUAUUACAAUCCAGAAUUUAACGAACAGAAUAUGGACGACUCAAGGGACUCGUCUGUCGAGAGAUCUCCAGAGUAUGUAUCGUCUCCUCCACCGGACACGGACAGCGGUCUUAAUUCUCCCAGAGGAUCCUCAGCUUUUAGUGCUUUCUCUGGAAUUGAGAUCGAUGUACCAGACGAGAGUUACUGGAUCUUUGACGUCCAGGUGGCAAAAGCUUCGGGGGACAUUCACUGGCGUUUGUCAUACAGGAAAUCUGAAGAGGAGCCGAGUGACCAGGACGACGUGGCAAGAAGAACUCUUGAGGACUUGGCAAAUCUAAACAAAACGAACCUUCAAAACACAGAGGAACAACAACAACAGCAGCAACAACAACAAUGUGGUGAUUUAUCAGAGAGUUCACCUACUUCCCCAUCAAGCCCCAAAAAGGUUGAAAUCAUACGGGGGACCAUACCAAACAUUAACGAAGAGGACAUCAAGAACCCCACAUCACCAAAAGGACAGCAGCAGUCAGAGGACAAGGCUAAUGUGACUGAAAAUGAGGAAGAAAAUGAAGUGAACGGUAAUCAACUCGGCAGCCCAACAGAUGCCUCUGAAUCUACCCUGGAAGGAGAAGAGGAUCCAGAUCUACUAGAUUCAUCAGAAUGGCGCCUGUCGCUGGAAAAUGACCGGAGGAAUUCCCGAGGCAGGAACAGCCGACGUCCUUCUCAUCUUCUGGACAACUUCCCCGCUUCAAACUACCCAGAGGCAGUGCACCGGCUGUCCUUGACACAGACGAUGUUCCCUCUGGAAGAGCAACCACAGACUGAAGAUGCCAGUUCUGAUUCUGAAUCCGAAGAGGACAUGGACACCCUCGAGGUGAACACCAACCACGGCCCAACUAACGACCCUUUCAACAACAUUGCCACGACGUCGGCAGGUGGAUUCCUGAUGGUGGACGAAGGGACUGGAGGAUUCUCCCACAACCAGUGGUCCAAGAGGCUCAGCGGAGAGAGUGAAUACAGUCUUUUAGCUUUGGGAGGACUCACGUCACCUAGGUCGAGCAUUCACACCAUCACGCCAAGAUCCUCUUUCCAGGUGCCAGACUCACCAUCCCAUUCAGUGCCCAGAGUUGGGGUUGUCAUCACCUCCUCCAGGCAGUCCCAGCGCAGGUGCAGCAGUGCUUCUGCUGCAGCAGCCUUUGCUGUUGCUACAGCAGGUUCGAGUAACCCUCGUGACAUAACAAACGUACCUCCUCUGGACCAGUUCUCUCUUACCGACUGCCGAAGAGCAUCGUUCAGAGAACGGCCUCGACAGGAAUCCAUCAUCUCAACAGCGGCCACAAUGAGGGUACUCAAUGUUCUUCGCCACUGGGUAUCCAAGCACUCACAGGACUUCGAUACGGACUCGCAGCUGAGAGCAUUAACCAUUGAAUUCCUUGAUGACAUGGCAUGUAGUCCAUCUCUGCUUCCUGCUGAACACAAAGCUGCCUCACAGCUACUGAAGCUCCUGGCCAAGGAAGAGCCCCCCGAAACACAAGUGGAGCUGAGCACGCUCCUUGCUCCACCAUCGACUCCUAGUCGUGAGAGCAUUGAAACACUUUCAGCUUUAGAAGUAGCCGAGCAGAUGACCUACACUGACCAUCAGAUCUUCAUCUCCAUCAGGAGCGAAGAAUUCUUAAAGACGUCUUGGAUGAAGCCAGAUAAGGAGGAGAAAGCCCCCUAUAUUUUACUCAUCACCCGGCGUUUCAACGAGGUGUCAAGGCUAGUGGCAUCGGAGGUGCUCCGAGCCACAACCAUACUCUCCAGAGUAGCCGUUAUUGAGAAGUGGGUCGCCGUAGCCGACAUCUGUCGAUGCCUUCACAACUUCAAUGGCGUGCUUCAGGUUUGUGCAGCUUUCCAGAACACCUCAGUGUUUCGACUCAAGAAGACCUGGGAGAGAGUCUCCAAAACGACUCGUCAGACGCUGGAAAAGCUGCAGGCGCUCGUGUCUUCUGACGGUCGAUUCCGGAACCUUAGGGACGCUCUCCAUCGAUGUGACCCACCAUGUAUUCCCUACCUGGGCAUGUAUCUCACUGACCUGUCGUUCAUCGAGGAAGGAACACCCAACUUCACAGAUGAUGGGCUCCUUAAUUUCUCUAAAAUGAGGAUGAUUGCCCACGUCAUCCGUGAGAUCAGGCACUUCCAACAGACGCCGUACAAGAUCGAAUACAACCCCCGCGUCACCUCCUACCUGCUCGACCCAUCCCUCCUGAUGAGCGACGACAACCUCUACCGCCUCUCCCUGGACUUGGAACCACGCAGAUCUACCCUCACGAACGUCACUGAGCCUCUCCUUCCGACCACAGCCACGGGAACGGCUGCAACUGCCACCACCACCACCACUUACUCCUCCUCUUCCUUCUCCUCCUUUUCAUCCUCAUCCUCCUCUACAUCCUCAGCUUCAUCCUCCUCCUCUUCCUCUUCCUCGUCUUCAUCCUCUUCUACUUCUUCGUCGUCUUCCUCCAUCUCGCUUUCCUGACAGCGACAACUUACAACCAACGAUGUCUUGGUUAAUCUAUGAUAAUCGCCCUCCUCCACUAAAGGGUUAAUCAAUCUAUGAAGAUCAUCCUCUCCAACAAAGAAGGGCUUAUCAGUCUAUGAAGAUCACCUCCACUAAUGCCCAUGAAGAUCACCUCCAACAAAAGGGCCCCUAUUAACCUAUGAAGAUCACCUCCAACAAAGAGAGGCUUAUCAAUCUAUAAAGAUUGCCCCCAACAAAGAAGGACUAACUAAUAUAUGAAGAUUGCCCCCCCAAACA